AAGGGAAUGCAAUGCAAUCCCAGUGGACGCCAGCACAGCUUCAGGUCCCGUGGCCAUCGGACCUCUCGAGCUCCUUGUUGCGCUCUCCUGUAUCCAAUGGCGUGAUGCAGAUUCUCGUCGUUUAUAGUGCGCCUGAGAGUUCGUGGUGAACUUGUAAGCCAACUCAAAGAAUUAGCAAGCUGAAUACUUCUUUCGACCCUCCCUUGCAAGAGUGCAGUACUGCUGCUCAAUGUCGCCAUGCCACUCCGUACAGUGGGGAGCAUGUUGACUUUCCCGCUCGUCCUUCUAGGCGCGUGCUUCGCGGAUGGGGCGAAAACGUCCAUCUACAAGCUGUGGGACUCUCCCUUGCUGGAGAACAAAUACGUCAUGUCGGCGGAGAACGUCUGGAAGGCCUAUCCAGCAGCUAGUGUUGUCGUCUCAGCGGAUGGUUGUGGCAACUUCACGUCUGUGCAAGACGCAGUGGACUAUGUGUCUUCGAUGGAUACGAAGAUGCACACAGUUAUCGACAUACUCCCAGGAACGUACAGGUGAGAAACGCUCAGUGUCUCUGCUCUGAUUUAUCGAGCUUCAUUGAGGAUGCUUGACCGAGCAAGUGGCACAGAGAGAAGGUCCUGAUUCCGAAGUCCAAAGUGAGCAUCAUGCUUCGUGGUUCCAACCCUUUGGAGACGAUAAUAAGCUACGAUGACUACGCAGCAAGAGAGCUGUCCAACGGUUACGUUCUUGGAACUUUAUGGUCGUGCUCAGUUUGCGUUGAAGCGAACAAUUUCGUUGCUGUCAACAUCACCUUUCAGAAUUCAGCGCCUCCGCCACCGCCAUUUAGCAACGAGACAGCUGAGGGUCCUAUGGCGGUAGCCCUCCGUAUCUCCGGCACAAUGGCUGCAUUCUACAGCUGCCGUUUCAUUGGAUGGCAGGACACUCUCUAUGAUCACAAGGGCCUUCAUUAUUUUCGUGACUGCUACAUUGAAGGGAAUGUUGAUUUUGUCUUUGGCGAUGCAACAUCCACUUAUGAGGGUUGUGUCUUCUAUGCCAAAGCCAGGAAGCAUGGCGGAGCAGUGACAGCACAGUACAGGAGGUCAACCGCCAAGCGGUCUGGCUUUGUUUUUCUUCGCAGCAUAAUUACAGGGAAUGGUCGGGUUUACCUCGGAAGGGCCUGGGGAAAUGCCAGUCGGGCGGUCUAUGCGUGGUCAUUCAUCAAUAACAUCGUUCAAAAGGGAGGCUGGUAUGAUUGGGGUGACGCUUCCAGACACGCCACGACCUUCUUUGCCAUGGUAAGAGCUGAUCCCUUUUUCAAAGCCUAAAUUAUGUGUUACCAAGUUGACCCUUGCCCUUAUCCCAGUUUGACUGCUGGGGCCCUGGAACAAAUACAAGCGGAUGGGUGCCGUGGAGCCAUGUCCUCAACACAUCCCAGGCCCAGCCAUUUAUUUCGUACAGCUUCAUUGAUGCUUGUCAAUGGCUUGGACCCCUCCCACAAGGAGCUGGAAGUUUGACUCGCCAGCUGGGAUACAGAGUGAACUUCACUCAGGUUCCACCAGCCCCAACAUAUCCUUACACGUGCUUCUCCAGGACCCCACCGUCUUCUCCAGCGCUCGUUUUUCAACCUCCCUCUGCAGCACCAGCAGCUUCACCUGCGUCUGCCCCACUAUCACCACCUACACCUGGUCCAGGACGUGUACUUCCACCUCCAUCUCUUUCGUCUCUGCUUCGAGGUUACCCCCCACCACCACAGCAGCCACAGCAACAAGCCCCUCCAAGUCUAGCUGCUCCAGCUCCUGCAGUUUGACCACCUUAGUGAAUACUGUGACUUCCCAGUCUGCUGUUGGGCCAGUUUUGCCUUAGCAUGUUAUGCUUUUGGACAAUUCCUCAGCCUUCAACAAUGAUAUUUGUGGCGUAGACCAGGCUGAGAUAUGGUUAGCUCUCAGUAAUAUUCUGUUGGAAAUAUCUCAAGGACUUAAGCGUUUCUGAAGUGU